CAACUCUUGGGCUUAAGCGAUUCUCUUGCCUCAGCCUCCCAAGUAGCUGGGACUACAGAUGAGAAUAUCCUAAGGCUGCAUCUCACAGCUAGUUGUUUGUGUCCAUUUUAUCAGAAACUUCAGACCAAGCUUUGCAUGGAAGAAGUGACACUGGGCAGGCAAUCAGGAGCUACCCUCAUUGCAACCAUAUCACUCCACUUCAGAUAUUUUCCACCUCUAAGUGGGAAAACAAAUAUGUCAUUUGCUGUAAGUAAAAGGGAAAAAAGUAAGGAGAUAACUAGGUCACACACUCUAUAUAAAAAAGAAAAUGAUCAGGAGGACAGUUUUGAAGAUGCCUAUGAAAACAUCCCUGUGGCACCAACAAUGAAUCUAAUAUCUUCCUUGGAAGAAUGCACAACUGGAUUAUAUCUAUUUCUAAAUAACAGAUUCUCAGAAGCAAUAAAUCUCAUUCAUCCAUGGUCUAAAAAUAGCAUAUACCAUGCCCUAAUAUAUAGUAUGCUUAUGGUUGUCAAGGCCAUCCUGACUUUUGAUCCACAGGACAUACAAACUGGCAUAGACACUGCAAUGGAAGCUUUGAAAACCUGUAACAUUUUCCGGAAAAAACCUCGGAUGACAAGUCUAUCUUAUGUAGUGAACAAACAGGGAAUAAAGAGUAUCAAAGAAGAAGAAUUGCAUGCAGAAGUCUGUUAUGCUGAAUGUUUGGUUUUUAAAUCCUUUGUAACAUUUCUCCAAGACGAAAGUGUGCUUGGUUUUCUUAAAAGUGGUCUCGGUAUUGGGACAAGUUACCAUAUAUACAAAGACUGUCAACAGGUAGUAAGACAGAUGCCUAACAGCGAAAGUAAAGCCCACAAGCACCUGAUUGGAGGAAUAAAAUUUGGACUUGGAGCAUUCAAUUUGAUGUUAUCACUUGUGCCACCAAGGACACUUAACAUACUCAGUCUGAUUGGAUUUUCUGGUAAUAGAGAGUUAGGCUUGACUUUGCUUCGUGAGAGUGCAUCUGAAACCCACAUAAAUAAUGUCUUAGCUAUUUUGACUCUACUCUUUUAUAACCAUUACAUCUAUGUAGCUUUUGGUGUUGACACGGUUUACAGUUCUUCUACAGAAGGUCUCUUCCUAAUCUAUCUCCAGAAAUUUCCAAAAUGUGUCAUACUUAAAUUUUUUCAUGCACGUUCUAGUAUGCUGAAAGGAAAUUUUGAAAGUGCACAGUUAAAAUUACAGGAGUGCAUUUUUACUCAGAAUGAAUGGAAGCAGGUUCAUCACAUUUGUUAUUGGGAACUCAUGUGGUGCCACAUUUUUCUGCUGGAUUGGAAGCGGGCUUAUUUCUAUGCUGAUCAACUGUAUCAACACAGCAGGUGGUCCAAGGCAACAUAUGUGUACAGUAAAGCUAUAAUAAUGGCUGUGCUUCCUUCUGAUUUUGGAAACACAGUAAAUGAGGAUAUGAACUCUCUCUUUUUACAAGUGGAUGGCCUGAGAAUCAAAUUUUUGGGCACUUCUGUGCCAAUGGAAAAGUUUAUUGCUGAUAAAGGUCAGCGCUAUGGUACUACUACAGGCUGGUUUACAAUACAGCCCCUUCUGGAAUUCAUUUAUGCCAUGAGUGGUUUCCGAGUCAUGAGCAAAAGAACAGAGCUUAUUUCAAGGUGGCUAUCAAUAAUUGACAAAGGAGAAGGCCUUUUACAAGGGAAUCCAAAUAAAGAGAAUGGCACAGAUGACAUAUGUUUGUUAAAUUUACUGAAAGGUCUAUGCCUGAAAUACUUAGGCAGCUAUUCAAAGGCUGAGUAUUGCUUUAAUCGUGUCAUUCACCAGGAGAAAUCGAUAAAGUACGACCACUAUUUGGUGCCAUAUACUUACUAUGAACUAGGAAUUCUACAAUAUCUAAAAAGAGAUUAUGAUAAUGCAAUAAAAAACCUGAACAACAUAAAAAACUACAAAGACUAUUCUCUGGAAGCCCGAUUACAGUUUAGGGCUCACAUAGCUCUUGAAAAAAUAGCUAAAGAAAAAUAA